GUCACCCCACAGGAUUAAAAACCUGUCAAAGGGCGAAGGAAUCCUAUACGAGACAACGGCCAUACAACUAGGAGAUGGAAAACUCCAAAAUAAACCUUAGGUCGAGAAGUAGCGACACUAGUAUCCGAAGUUGGCAGAAGAGCAGUACCGUCGAUGGCUUCUGAACAGCAGGAGGCGGGCCAGUAACCUGGUUUUGGCUCCUGGAGGAAGGCAACGGAAAACCAACUACAUUAACAGUUCCAAGGCGCAUUAUAGACGGACCGAAUAAUGGUACCAUGGUCAAGGCAUCGUCGAAAACCACUGGCAAUACUAGUUAUGGUCUGGCUCUUCGUGACGCUACGACUCAACGUAUACAUUCCUUCGGUCAAGAUUCCGAAUGACGCACUGACAACCGGAGACUCUAGAUUCGACGACUAUAUCCAAGAAAGGUCUCCCAGAAGGGAUUUGCAUUAUAACCCAAGGAUAAAAAACGAAGAUCUCAUACUAAUACAAAAUAAUAACGAGACAAAAUCAGCAGAUACAUUGGAUAAUGAAGGAGUCAACGGACCAAGGGAACCACAUGGGAGCAGAAAGUCGAAUCCUGAAGUGCAAGAGAAAAAGGAAUCAAAUAUUUCUGAAACGCAUCAGGACAAGGAAUCAAAUCCCGAGAUGGAACAGAAUAAGGAAUCAAACCCUUCUGAAAUCCGACAAAAUCAAGAAUCGAAUCCCGAAAAACAUAAAGAUAAUAAAGGCACAAAUUUUGAGAUGCAAGAAAUCAAAGAAUCAAGUCGUGAGAUACAAGAAUAUCAUGAAAUGCAAGAUAACAAAGAAUCAAAUCGUGAGAUGGAAGAAAGUAGGGAAUCAAACAUUGAGAUGCAAAAAAAUAAAGAUUCAAAUAAUGAGUUGCAAAAAAACAAAAAUUCAAAUCUUGAGAUGCAAGAAAAUAAAGAUUCAAAUCGUGAGAUACAGGAUAACCAAGAAUCAGAUCGUGAGAUACAGGAUAACCAAGAAUCAAAUCGUGAAAUGCAAGAAAACAAAGAAUCAAGCAGUGAGAUGCAAGAAAACAAAGAUUCGAAUCCUGAGAAACAAGAAAACAAAGAUUCGAAUCCUGAGAGACAAGAAAAGAAAGAUUCGAAUCCUGGGAAACAAGAAAACAAAUAUUCGAAUCCUGGGAAACAAGAAAAGAAAGAUUCGAAUCCUGGGAAACAAGAAAACAAAGAUUCGAAUCCUGGGAAACAAGAAAAGAAAGAUUCGAAUCUUGGGAAACAAGAAAACAAAGAAGUGAAUAGCGAGGCACAAGAAAAUAAAGAAUCAAACACUGAGACACAAAACAGGGAAUCAAAUUCUACUGAACAUCAACAGAAAAAUGAAACAAUUUCCGAGAUUAAAACCGGGGGAUUAAAACCAACUCUAGUAUAUGAGAAUGUGGAGGCGUUUUCUGAAGCAGAAGAAAAGAAACUAAAACCGAAUGCCUCUGAACUGCAUGUACAAUUGCAAGGAAGUGAAACCAAUAAAUCGCAAAAGGAACCGAAAAAGAGACCAACCUUGUUGAAACUAAAAGGCCCAGUUCUGUCGCAUGUCAUCGACCCAUCUGAAGUCUUAGUUCGACAGGAAGAACUAUCGGCUCUUAAGGCAAGAAUCGAGUCACUGAAUAUGGAACAACGAAUCUUUAACGCACAUCUAUUUGGACCUGUUACAGCGAAAACGACGAUUCUCCUGGUACAGGUGCACAGGCGGCUGGAAUACCUGACCCAUUUGGUGAAGAGCAUGAGGGAGGCCCGAGGCAUCAACGACACCCUCGUGAUCUUUAGCCACGACUUCUGGGACGACCAAAUUAACGCCUUCGUUCAGAACAUCAGUGAAUUCAGAGUGAUGCAGAUGUUCUUUCCUUACUCGAUUCAGCUCCACCCGUCUACUUUUCCCGGACGCGACCCCAGAGACUGCGAGUGGAAUAUGCCCAGGGACAGUGACCAAGACUGCUUAAACAAGGCUUGGCCAGAUAAGUACGGGCACUACCGGGAGCCACAGUUUACCCAAAUCAAACACCACUGGUGGUGGAAGAUCAACAGAGUGUUCGAUGUGCUACGCGUGACCAAAAACUGGACAGGGACUGUACUCAGUCUGGAGGAGGACCACUACCUCCUUCCCGACACCCUACAUGUCCUGAACUUGUUGUUGCAUCAAAGGCCCAGUGUUUGCCCAACGUGCCAUGUGAUGGGACUCGGGAAUUACCAGCUCAAAAAAGCUUUACCUGAAAAAAUGUUAAUGGGAGACUGGCCUGUGAGUGGCUAUAACCUUGGCUACACCUUGGACCGUGAUGCCUGGGAGACCAUCAAGAAGUUAAGUGACGUUUUCUGCACCUACGAUGAUUAUAACUGGGAUCUGACGCUCUCCUACAUGGUACUCCAACAUAUAAGGCCUCAUCUGGGUAUGCUUCGCGUAGAAUUGUCCAGGGUGGCACACAUAGGAACAUGUGGAACACACUUCAAAGCUGCGACCUGUAAUAUAAAGAGAGAGAUCGAGAAAGUCAAGCUGAGGUACGACACAAACAAGCUUUUCCCGAAGAACCUCGUGCUACACGGGACUUAUAUGAAGAGGAAAGGCAAGAGCACCCCGAGCGGCGGAUGGGGAGACGUGAGGGACAUUCAGCUGUGUAAACUCAUCGCUCAAGAGGCUUCGGGCGCCAAUGUAACAGCCAUCAACACGGAGGGUCACAGAUGAAAACUGACAGUUUCAGGCUUGUAAAAUUUGUCUCUAAACUUCAACGUUGAUUUUGUGAAACUAAAGUGAGGUCUAGAUUUAAUAUUCUACAGACUUACUUGUUAGUCGAUUGAUACGUAAGCGUAGCCAAGUGAAAUCUUGAAUAAUUUUCAGAUGCGUUUAACUUUUAAGGAAACUUCUUUAACCACCUAUAUGACAUUGUCAAUCAGUUUAUAUCUACAAAGUUUAGACAUGAAAGACUACUACCCAUGAAAAUAGUAUCAGACCACAAAACCCUAGUUAUCGGAUGAAAAAAUCUUUAUAAAUUAAAGGGAAGACGCUGGGAAUGCUGCCCCUGAAAAAGUAAGAAUGUCUUAAGCAAUUGAUUCGCCCACAGUAUAUCGCAGUAUAUGAUCUUCUAUAUGUUUAUCAAAACGAGACUUAUUUCACUUGGCGCAAUUCUUUAUAUCUCCAGUGAAACUUGUGUUGGGUAUAAUGUUUUCCUUACAUCAUUGGGAAGGUGCGUCGGGGGCUACUUGCCGAGUUUUGACAUUACAAAUAAACAAGAAGGAUGUAGUUUUGAAAGCACUACGCACUCCCCCCAAAAAAAGUAAAAUAAAAAUAAGUAAAUAAAAUAAAGAAAAACAAAGAUUUAGAUAUGGUGUUAAUUACGAAAUGGAGCAGUGUAUCAGUAAAUAUGGAGGAAAUGAAAAUUUCAAAUUUACUUUAAAAUGUAUAACUUACAUCAAGGUUGACUUGAUGUUUCAGUUCAUAAUCUCAGCGACGUAUGAAUGGAAAUGAAAAUGAAGUCUAGAUUUAAGUCCAACCCCAAAGAACCACGAAAUGAACACGGGUGUUUGGCAGGAGAAACCAAGCAAAUUAGUGUUGCUACUGAAAUUCUUCCGAGAAAAACUUUGCAGACCUGUAAAAUGUAUGCAAAUGGCAUGGUGAAACUGCACAUAUUAAGUCAGCAACAUGCAGGUGUACAGACAGAGGAGAAACAUUUGUAUAUUUUUAUAUUAAAAAAGAAAAAGCAA